AUGCCUUCACCUCCAAAACCUUGGGAAAGAAAUCAAGGCACUAAUCCAGUCACGAAUACAGUCACGUCAUCUUUAAAUGCGUCAGGUGCUUCACAAGGCUCCGCCGAUACAGCACCUGCGGUUCCAACAAGGCCUUCUAACUUCCCCAAUAGAGGCUACAGCUCUUACGGAACAACAGGUUAUAGUCCUUACUCUACUUAUAAUAAUUAUGGUGGUGGAUACGGAUCACCUUAUAACCGUUAUGGAACAUAUUCCUCAACCUACUCUCCAUACUCUCGGUACGGAGGUUAUGGCUCUUAUGGUGGAUAUGGUACAAGUUCAUAUGGAUCAUAUGGGUCUCCAUAUAAUCGUUUCGGCUAUGGUGGUAUGAUGGGCCCGGGCGGUCCUGAUGAAAUCUCACUUACCCAGAGAAUGGAAGCCAAUACAGCCGCUGGGUUUCAUAUGAUUGAGUCAAUAGUAAAUGCUUUUGGCGGAUUUGCACAGAUGCUAGAAUCUACAUUCUUUGCUACGCAUUCUUCAUUUAUGGCUAUGGUUGGAGUCGUAGAACAAUUUGGAAAUUUACGCAAUUAUUUGGGACAAGUUUUGAGCAUUUUUGCUUUAAUAAGGUGGAUAAGACAAUUAAUUUAUAGAGUUACCGGAAAAAACCCUCCAGUUAAUCCUAAUGAAUUGAAUCCUGUUCAGUUUGAGCAAUUUCAAGAAGGAAGAAAAUAUUCUCGCCGACUGUUGGUACUCUUUGUCGUUGCGGUAUUAGGUAUUCCAUAUAUAAUGCACAAAUUUAUUAAAAUAGUCUCACAACGACAACAAAUGAGCGGCGUUCCACCGGAGGGUGUCUCUGAAUCAAUGGUUCCGUGGAAAAAAGUUUCAAAUUCGCCUCAAAAUCUCGAAUUUUGUAGAGCUCUAUAUGAUUUUAAAGGUGAAUCUCCCGUGGAGUUAACUUUAAGACGUGGGGACAUUAUCGCAAUUUUAAGCAAAACCGACUUGCGUGGACAACAGUCUCAAUGGUGGAGAGGUCGAUUGAGAAAUGGAGAGCAAGGACUGUUCCCUUCGAAUUAUGUUGAAAUAAUUAACAAAGGAGGCAGCAAUCCUGAUAGCAAUGAGGUCAAGGGAUUAUUGGCUUCCACAAACGAACUAGACCAAAGUAGUCAUAAUUUCAGUAUCAAAGAAUUCGAAAACGAAUUAAAUCAGGUUAAAAACCCGUACUCGAAAUGGGAAUAA